CGGGGCAGAGUCCUAGUCCACGCCGCCGCGUCGCCUUGGCCGCCAGCUCCCCUCCAUGUGCCCCGGCGCCGCUGCUUCCCUUCCUCAGGCCGCCGCCUACCCCGGGGUCUAUGGAAGUAAUGGAAGGACCCCUCAACCUGGCUCAUCAGCAGAGCAGACGAGCAGACCGUUUAUUAGCUUCGGGGAAAUACGAAGAGGCUAUUUCUUGUCACAAAAAGGCUGCAGCAUAUCUUUGUGAGGCCAUGAAGCUGACACAGUCUGAGCAGGCCCAUUUAUCACUGGAAUUGCAAAGGGAUAGCCACAUGAAACAGCUGCUCCUCAUCCAGGAGAGAUGGAAAAGGGCAAAGCGUGAGGAACGGCUGAAAGCUCAGCAGAACACAGACAAAGACGUGGCUGCCCAUCUUCAGGCAUCUCACAAGCCCUCUGCUGAGGAUGGGGAGGCUCAGAGCCCCCUUCUUUCUCACAAGUACAGCCCUUCUGUGGAGAAACACCUCCCUGAAAUUCACGGGGUCUUUGACAGAGAUCCAGACACACUUCUGUUUUUACUUCAGCGAAAGAGUGAACCAACAGAGCCGUGUAUAGGAAGCAAAGCCCCAAAGGAUGACAAAACCAUAAUAGAGGAGCAGGCAACCAAAAUUGCAGAACUGAAGAGGCAUGUGGAGUUCCUUGUGGUUGAGAAUGAAAGAUUAAGAAAAGAAAAUAAACAACUAAAAGCAGAAAAGGCCAGACUUCUAAAAGGUCCAGUAGACAAGGAGCUGGACGUAGAUGCUGACUUUGUAGAAAAAUCUGAGUUGUGGAGCUUGCCACCACAGGCAGAGGCUGCCACAGCCUCGUCAACUUGGCAGAAGUUUUCGGCAAGUACCGGGAAAGCCAAGGACAUUCCAAUACCCAGUCUUCCUCCCUUGGAUUUUCCAUCUCCAGAACUUCCACUGAUGGAGCUCUCUGAAGAUAUUCUGAAAGGACUUAUGAAUAAUUAAAAUGAAAGCCAUUGGAGGUCAGAAGAAGAAAUUACUCAGUAACAGUUCAUUAACAGUUACUCCAGAAAUGAAUAAAAAGGGAAAACCACACCUGAGGGUAAUCCUGGAAAUCUAUCAUCAUCUGGCACAAUGUAGGAGAAGAGGCUUGCCAGGGCUUGAAAACAGUCACUGUGAAAUGUGUCGCAUACCUGAUUCACUGACUUGAGCUAAUGAUUCCGACUUGGCAGACACUGAACUUUUGGAGGUUUGUUUUCUCCUGAUGCAAACCAAAUGGCUACCUGGAAUAAUUUUUUUGAGCAAGAAUUUUUCUUCAGGGUUAAGUGUACAAAAAUAGUAUGUCACACAUAAUCUGUAAUGCCAUAAAUGAUAAUGCAAACCCUAAAUAAUAUGGUAGCCUGAGGGGCCGCCUUGUAGCUGAAACAUGCUUUCUAUCAUGCAGUGACUGUAUGCAUUCUGUUAUGCACAUUUUGUUUAAACUACAUGUGCCACACUUUGCACUACUCAUAACAUGAUGAUAACCUCAAGACUAUCAGGAGAAAUAUAAAUUUCCAUUUUAUGAAGAAAGGAACCAAAUUUUAGUUACGCUUUUUUAAGAAAAUUACCAGUUUACAUAAUUAAUCAGGGUGCAUUUUAAGUUCUAACUUUGUUAUAUAAUGCAUCAUUUGAAAAUACCAAGGAAGUAUCCCUUGUAUUUAAUGAUGCAUGAGUGAAGUCAUGCUAGUUGGCAGUAUUUUGAUUGUAAGAAAUCAAUAAAGUAAUUGUGUUUCA